UCCUCCUCCCCGCGGUGAUGGGCGAGCGCCUGGUGCUGCCGUGCCUGUAACCUCCUUUUCCUGCAUGUGGUAGCUGUCUGCGUCUCUUUGUGUUUAAUCUCCGGUUUCUGCACUAGCAUCCUCAUUAAAAACAUUGUUUUAACACUGUCCAAACGCAAAGUGAACUACUCUUUGUAACAGCUCAGCACCUAAACCUGAUUUUUAACCUGUUAGCCUCUAUUUUUUUAAAAACAGUUAAUUGCUAGGAGUGUAUUUAAAUACACUGGGUUUUUAUGCAGUUGUGUAGACGCAUUUUCUUUUUGUUUUUUUCUUUUACCAGAAGGGUAAUUGGGGUAAUUGUUUUCCAUUCCCAAAUGUUUUUUUGUCUGUGCUUUUGAAAUGCUAUCAAGAAUACUUAAAACAGAUUGUUUAUUCCAAGUGCCAGAGAGCACAGCUUAUCAAGAUUGCUCUAACUAUAAGGUGUUUCUAGAGUACAAUCUAGUAUCACCUCAAGUUACGUACUAUUUACAAAAUUCCCUGAAAUUUUAUUUUUUAAAGUAAAAUAUUGACAUUUAAUCUUUGGAGAGCCUCAGUCAGAGUCCUGUUCAGGGAAUAUUAAGUAUGUUUGCUUAAUCUGACGUGACAAAUUGUACAUGUCCCCAUUUUCCCUGGCUUCCAUAAAAUACAUUCUAAGGCUAAAAAGAAACUCUUGGAAACAUUUAAUAGGGGUUUCUUGGAUGGCUUGUUUUUUCAAGUUUUCCAGCAAAGAUCUUGGGACCCUUUUGUUUUGUUUUCGCAUUACUUAAAACUGGAAGAGGGGGUUUUCCAGUUUUUGCUGUUGAUUUUUUUGUUCUUUUUAAUAAAAAGCAAAAGAACUUGCAAAUCUUUUCCUUCCCUCCUUUUUUUUUUUUCAUCUUUCUUUUGUAUUCCCCCCUCCCCGCCCCAAGAUGAGAACAAAUCACGUUUUUGUUCUAGCUGAAAAGCAAAACGUUUCAGAAAGUCAUUUCACAAUACUAAGCGGUGGGCGCUGCGGAUGCUUACCACGAUUCUGGAACUGCAGCGUAUAAAUAACAGCCUGGCUUUGUAACAGGCCCCCUUGACAGAGCACUGGGUUUUUGGUCCGCAGUGGGCAGCAUGCUGGCAAGCUUGUCUGGCUGUUGGUGGCUGGCUUUUUAGCUGCACUGGCUGAGCAGUUGGGGUUCCUGAAGAACAACUAAGACAACUUAAACAUACUGCUUUUUAACCCAGGGUGCAAUAAUACAGAGAUAUGUAGCAUUUUAAGCUUAAGUUGUCGAUCCUUGAUGCCUAAAAUUAAGUAGGUAUAUAGGUGGCCUUACUCUCAGAGGUGCUGAGCACCAGCAGCUCUCAGGGAGUUUUAUAGGACUGGUGAGCGCUCAGGGCUACAAAGAUCAGGAAGCCCACCUAGAUACCAAAAUACAGGCCUAGGAGCCUAACAAAAACAUUGGAUUUACUCUUCUAAAAUUUUUCCUUUUCUGAGUGCCCCAAAUAGCUUAAAAUAUGAAAACACUUAUAAAGCAAAAAAUAUUUUAAAGUACUACACCUGCUAUCUGAUUUUUAUCAAAACCUUCCAAGGAAGAAAGAAGCUAGAUAAAUCCUUAUAAUAUCUGAGACCUCUAGCCUAGAUGCCAUUUGCAGUAAACAGAGAUCCAGAGGGAUUUUUCAUGUUAAGGAGCCACCUGAAGAAGGCAAGAUCCGUUAGGGCAGCAAAAUAUUUCAUAAGGGCUUCAGACCUUGCUGCCCCCUCCCACUUGGUGGGUUCCUGCUUCCCCAGAGCUGAGUUAGAAAGCCGGGGUUUUGAUGAAAGGAAUCGAUUGCUUCGGGAAGAGUCUCCCACCUCCACGCCCCGAUGCUCUGCAGAGACAUUUGCUUCGGCUCUCUAUGAUGACACGCUGAGGACAGUGUGCACUUCCCACGUGGAAAUGAUGAAACUUUGAUGCAAGAAGGUGCCUAAGGGAGCUGACUUUAUGAGAAAGAGAACCUUUGCUUUUUCUGCCAGGAAGCUGCUGUUACUCCCUAGAAGUGGGAGAAGCUGCUGGGUUUGGACCUGAGAAGGAACCUUUCUGCUCCAGACAUCUUGUUAGCGUUACUGCCCGUUUUCUUAUUCCUCCAUUGAACCAUCUGUAUGGUCCAGCAUCCUUUGAAAAGUGCCUGAGAAGGAUAUCACUGGUGUGAAAGUAAGACAAAGUGAAUACAUUUUGACAUCGAUGAGUGCCUGUUGUUCCAGUGGUGGCCAUUUGGGCAGCAGCCUGGACUGCCCCGUCAACCUCCCCUGGAAGAUGAUGGGCUCUCCUCCUGAAGCGAGUGCUGCCCGCCUUUACUGGUGAAGCAGUGACCAAGAAGAUAGCCCAGGGAAGCACUGCUUCUGACCUGGGCCAAUCUCACCCUUUUAACAACGAGCUGGCGCUUGCGUUUACUCUGCAAAACCUGUGAUUGGUGGCAUCCAGGGGAGCAGUUACUACCUAAAAAAACCCCACAUGCAUCUUAUGUCAGGUUUCCUACCUACAGCAUGAGGGGCAAGCACUCUGUGGAUUAAUACAGAGAUCCGUCAUGCCAGUCCGUAGGUACGAGUUCAGUCAGCUCCGAGCUGAGGCCAUCUCCGUUGCCACCAGACACCCCUCUGCCCAUCUCCCCCCUCUACUCUGCCCUGGUGAGGCUGCAUCUGGAGUACUGUGUCCAGUUCUGGGCUCCUCAGUUUAAGAUAGAUAAGGAACUACUGGAGGGAGUCCAGCGGUGGGCUACGAAGAUGACAAGAGGCCUAGAGCACCUUUCUUAUGAAGAGAGACUGAGAGAGCUGGGUUUGUUCAGCCUGGAAAAGAGAAGAUUGAGAAGGGAUCUCAUCAAUGUUUAUAAAUAUCUCAAGGUUGGAUGUCAUGAGGAUGGACCAGACUCCUUUCAGUGGUGCACAGUGACAGGUUGAAGGGCAGUGGGCACUGACUGAAGCACAGGAGAUUCCAUCUGAAUAUGAGGAGAAACUUCUUUACUCUGAGGGUGCCAGAGCCCUGGAACAGGCUGCCCAGAGAGGUCAUGGAGUCUCCUUCUCUGGAGACAUUCAAGACCCGCCUGGACACAUUCCUGUGUGAUCUGCUCUGUUGAACCUGCUUUAGCAGGUGGGUUGGACUAGAUGAUCCCCAGAGGUCCCUUCCAACCCCAACCAUUCUGAUUCUUAUUGUUCUUUCAGGAUGUGGCCAAUCUAUCCCGUUGACCUCAGUUCCUGUUCUCUUAUUUUGACAAUAUAAUAAAUAACUUUUUUUCCCCAAGUACCUGCUGAAUUUAUUUUAUACCAAGAGGUCUUUUGUCUUGCCUUGGUCUGAAUCCUGCUUGUGGUGAGGAGAGGUCUUGGGAAAAUCUUCCCGUGUUACUCUUCUGCAAAAAUCCAAAUGAAUGGAAGGCUGUCAGAGCUAUCUGCACCUAUGGCAUUGGAUAGAGUAUACUGAAGCUUACCUAAUAGACUGAAAUCUCACCAGUGUACCAUAAAGUCUGCUUGACCCAGCAAAGUCCCUUUUCUUUGAUGAUGAACGCCUACAGUCACUCUGGAUGGAUGGAUCCCUAGCCUACAAGAAAGAGAAGUUUUGCCUGUAAAUGCCAUCACUGCAUUUCAAGACGGACCACCAGCAAAGAAUGUGCCCUUCCAGGGAUGUUGUACAUUUUAAUUCUUUUUACAGCAGGAAAAUACUCCUAUUUUGCAGAUUUUAAUCUUAUUUUUCUGAGGUUAUUACAAUCUUCCUGAAGUUAGAGAAACUUCGUUUCAUGAAAACGGAAAGGGAGGCUGAGAUAAAGCUGUCCCUGGAGACAGAUCUGAAAGGUGGCUCCUCUUCAUGACAUUUCCUCUCGUGCAGAGACUGGAGGAGAAAAAGCAGAAUUUUUACACUCUAGUGUUGUAUUUCCCUGUCAAAUACACCAGCCCAUAGUGUUAGGUUGCAGCAUCUCCCACCUUUGCACUGACAGGGAGCCAAAGUCACCUCUGUCCAUUCAGGAGAAAAAGUGGAUUGGAAGUUGUGAAUAAAUAGAGAAUAAAGGUCUUCACAGCAGGAUAUACAUCUGUCUUAGACUUUCAUUUCAGAUAUUUUUUCACAGUGCAAGAUUAAUUAGACAAAAACAAAAAGAAACAUUAAAAUGCCUACAGUUCACACGUAUUACAUGUUUUAAAAUCCAUUAUUCUACAUUCCGCAUUGAGGGAUAAAAAGAAAUAUUGUUGUCAAUUAUAAAAUGCUAAAGAUAGCUCUAUACUUUUUAAAUGAACAAUGAUAAAAGCCUUGAAAAAUUCCCUUUGAUGUGAAUGGAGUCUUCAGCAUUUUGAAAUACAAUAAGAUGUAUUAAUUGCUACUCAUUAGGCAGCAAGUUGGGACAGCUUUGAAUGCGCAUUCUCUUCUUGGCAUUAGCUAUUGCCUGGCUGAAAUAGCCAGCUUUUGUAUUUACUCCUGUCUUCUCUAAUAAUAAGCAAAUUGGAGAUCAGGGCUAGAAACACUGAAGUGCUCUCUAUCUUUUGUCCAGAACAAUUGUAUAUUUUCAUGAUUUGUUUAUCUUUUUUGAGCUACAGCUAAUUAUUGCAAAGGUUAUUUGAAUCAAUAUGAGAUCUGAGCAGAAAUAACAUCUGCAAAAUUGCUUAUUAGGAGUCUAUUUUAUGUUAGUGUUACUGUAAUAUCCAUUUUGUGAGCAAAUUGUUAUUUCUUCUCUUAUGUCAUUUUUUUUCCCUUACAAGAAAACUUUUGUAUUUUAAAUAUUGGUACAGAUUUUAGGGCUUCUUGAAUUAAUACUGUGUUCUGUUGUGCUUACUUUUCCUCAUACUGUCUUAGAUAUUUUUUUAACCAAAGUAAUAGAUAACAUGGUAUUCAAAGCCCCAUUUAUCAUUCUAGGAUAACAGUUUUUAUUUUUUUUUUUCUGUAGAACUCAUUUGAACUGAUUGAUUGAAUUAUUCUUCUGUUUAUGUUGGAUUAAAAGAAAGUCAAGCACAAAUCCUUUUGUGCUUGUCAUGUAGAACUCUUGUUUCAUGUGGGGCCUUUAUAGUUAUUAAGAUUUAUAAUUGGAAGAUACUGGGGAAUUAUCGUUAUCUAAUUUAACUAUGUGUUUUGCAUUCCAAAACUAAUGGGUGAAAAGUAAACCUCAGGGGCCUGAUUCAUUAAAAGUUAUAUAGUCUCCUUGCAUUAGAUUCCUAGCUCUUACGCCUUCCAAAACCAAAGUGUUUGCAACUGCAGCCAGAAGCAGUCGGCUAAAACAUGAGGCAGACCCUGAUCUCCAUUACAGUGAUGACAUUUUAGGAGUUUACUGGAACUAGACCAGAUUUCCACUGGUUGUACUCUAAAUCCACCUCAGUGACAUUCAUUACUAAUUACGUACCACAGCACAGAAGGCUUUUCUGAGGCAGGCAGCAGUCUCAGAGCGCAGCCUGUUACUCAUGACAGUGUCGUUCCUGGGCAGCAGCAAUUCCAUCAGAGGUCAUAAAUUAAAUAGGGUCAAGCCAGGUCAGGGCCAGAUGGGACCUAUCCAAGGAAUACAUACCUUCAGCACUGUUAGGAUUUGGUGAUUCAGUAGGAGACACUGUCCCCACAAUCUCUGCUGAACCUCGGCAUGGGACUCUGCAGCACACUGGGCCAAACUUCUAUUUUAUGUACAUCAGCAUAAACCUCACUGACCUGAAAGGAUUUAUUCCAGCUUUACUCAGCAGCAUAAGUGAGAGCAAAACAAACUCCUUUCUGUCUUGGACAAGAUAGGAAAUCGAAGUCUUAACUAUUUGUGGUCAUUAAAAAUCCCACAACGUUCCUGUUUUUCAGAGUAGGGGUGUUAACCCAUUUGUCCUGGCCAAAUUCCAACUUGGGUAAUUACUGUAAUCUGCCUGUUUAAAUUACCCCUGCCGUUUUAAUUGGAUAUAUUACUUCUCUUGCAGCCUAAACUGUGAUGUAAUACCAUUGUGUGUUAUUAAGCAGUUACCAAGUUUCAUCCCAGAAGCCGCCACGUUGCAGUGAUAGGUAGAAAGGCUCAUUCCCUCCUGGUUACAAGUGUUCUCUAUUACAGUGUAAAAAAACCCCAAUGUAUUCUUGUGUUUUUUUUAAGUGGCAGGGAAGCUAAUGUUUCAUUUUAAAUAAACAGCUUUAAAAUGUGGUUUUCCCAUUUGUUUUUGAAGACUAUGAAGUCUGCCCGAUUAUACAAGCAUAGGCCACCACCUUGCAGCUCUCCAAAAUGUUCCUGGAGUGGAAGGUGCUUUUUUGCCAACACAAGUCAGGACCCCCUAUAUAUUUUUAUUUGAUUUUGAAUACAAUUUCUUUCACGUUUGAAUGUGUAGUUACAAUUACUUUGAGAAAAACUGAUCUUCCAACUAUGCAGAGGUUCCUAAGCCUGCAAAAGCUGAAAUUUCCUGUUGAUGUGUGUUGCCCUGAGUCUGUUGAUGUCCAGUGGCGAUGGCAGAUUUGUCACCAUUGGAAAACUUUGUAGGAGUCAUUGAAACUCCUCAAGACUAGCCCUGUUUCAAGGGCUGUGUUUCUGAGCUGUCAUCCUAUAUAUAUAUUUUUGCUCUCUCUCCGUCCUCCUGUAAAUGUAAUUGGUCAGAGGAUGAGAUGAAUGGCCAGCACAAAAUGCAGAACGUUCUAGGGCAAAAAGCAGCCACUGGCAAGAAAGGAGGCACAUCGCUUCUCAUGUAAUGAAAUAAAACAUGUUUUCUCCCUCCAAAAAUCCCUGUAGUUGUUCCUAAAGUUCAGGAUCAUCAGACUGACUUCUGAUAGUGGCUAAGAGCUCUAAAGGACAGACCAAGUGUCUCUCCUUCUGUGAACAGAGCAUCUUGAAGGAAAUGUAAAUAUUUGAGAAUUUUUCUUUAGUUCAUCUGUUAUAGCGGGAUUUACUCGCUGUAACUCUUACCAUGUAGAAGUUGGGGGUCUCCACGCUCCUAUUUUAGUCCUUGGACAGCGGUUACAUGACAGAAAGUAAUGCUCUUGAGUUGGUUUCAAUGCCUGAUAAGGAAGAAAGGCAUUGUCUCCUGUAGGUGCUUAUGCAGGAACAAUAGCAGGGGUUAGACAGCUCCUCAGACUGGAAACCUGAGGUGGCUAAAGCCAGGCAAGAUAUGAACUGUUUCACAGAUACAUAAUUUACCCCGGGCUCAUGCAACUCCCAGGUAUGGACUUUCCUAUCCCUAACAAAGGUUGUACUUUUAAAUUCUCCUUUAGUUUAGAUCCCCCUAAUAGUAAGACCAUUAUAGCAACAGAGCAGUAUGAGUUUGGGAACCUGGCAGGAGCACAGACACUGGCUGCACCUUCACGUGGUGACACUGGUGGGACUGGUUGCAGCCCCGAGGCAGAGCAGGAGAGGAGGCUGUAAUGCCCCAGCAGUUCUGGAGAACAACAAGGCAGUCACAGAAGCAGCACCCUCAUAGUUUUGGAGGUUACUAGUACCUGGAGGCAGAUGUCUCUUCAGUCGUGCAUUGCACACACAGGAUAUCAAUCCACUGUAUGUUAGUUUUUGUUAUGAUUCAGUAGACUGCGAGUGAGACUUGCACAGUCUGGCAUUUCCAAGCCAGCUCACCUAAUAAAAAAAGGCGGGGAAAGGAACAGAAGAGUCUGGUGGAGCUAGCAUCCCCUUGUUGCUUAGGGACAUCUCUUCAUUUUCAUGCUUUCUUGAUGGAAGGUCCAUCUUGCUGUGCAGGAGGGUAGAGGGGCCGGCUUUCUGGGGAGCUGUGUGGUUCUCAAGAUAAUGCCACCUCUUAACACCCACCAAAAUGUUUUGUAGCCCCGUGGUCUGCAGACAUCCCAAGGCAGGCAGUGAAACGGGCCGUGCACAAACCUGCGCACAGCCUCCUCCCCGGGGCAGGCAGAGGUGAGCACUGGCAGCCAGCAGAGCCAGAGCUGAUUGUGCUUGUAUGGGAAAGAUACAAGUUGGAGAAACGACCGAGUUUUGUUCACACACUGAUGUGUACCAUGUCCUCCUGCCCCCCACACAGCAGCAGGACAGAAGCUGCUCUGUAGAUGCUCUCUCAGCUGCGGCGAGGUGGUCCUGUCGCUUUGACAGGUCAGAAAGCAGCACCCAGUGUCACUGUGCGGGCAGCAGCGUGGCUGAGUCGCAGGUGUCAAUGCUGCUGCGGGCAGCACCACAGCGGCUGCACUCCAGACUCCAUCCUGAGACGUGCAGAGUGGGGACGAGGUGCAGAGUGGGAACAAGGUUCAGAGCAGGGCUGAGGGGCAGAGCAGGGCUGAGGUGCAGAGCAGGCACACUGCUGGAGCAGCUACUCCCCUGCUCCACCUGCCGCUCUCCCAGGCUGCGUCCCACAGAGGCGCCUGCCAGGGCUCCUCACACAGCGCAGGGAAACAAGCCCAGCAACAACCCCCUUCAUUCAGUAUCUGCAGCUUUCACACAGGGAGGUGGGGGUUAUUUCCUCCCCGGUGUUUAGUUGUUAGGUUUUUAUCUUUUUUUUUUUUUUUUUUCCUUUUAAUGAAUCAGUCCCCAGGUGAAAAUAAUGCAUUUGUUGAAAGCUGAUAUUUAAUGUUGAGCAAACUGCUCUUCCUUUGUCUUUUACGAUUUUGUUCAUAUUUUGCUGAGAAUCUGCUCUUCUACACAAGCAUUUUAAUAAACUGUUUGUUGUUGUAUCCAGGUAACAAGCAUGGAUCAGACAGCAAAGGACAAAGCACUCCAGCACAUGGCAGCAAUGUCAUCAGCUCAGAUAGUCUCAGCUACUGCUAUUCACAACAAGCUGGGCCUGCCAGGAAUUCCCCGUCCUACAUUUCCUGGGGCACCUGGGUUUUGGCCGGGCAUGAUUCAAACGGGGCAGCCUGGAUCUUCACAAGACGUAAAGCCAUUCGUUCAGCAGGCCUAUCCUAUACAGCCAUCAGUCACAGCUCCCAUUUCAGGAUUCGAGCCUACGUCAGCUCCAGCUCCCUCAGUCCCUGCGUGGCAGGGCCGAUCAAUUGGUACGACCAAGCUCAGGCUGGUGGAGUUUUCGGCUUUCCUCGAACAGCAGAGGGAUCCUGAAUCAUACAAUAAACACCUCUUCGUACACAUUGGACACGCUAACCAUUCUUACAGUGACCCGUUGCUUGAAUCGGUGGACAUUCGUCAGAUUUAUGACAAAUUUCCUGAAAAGAAGGGCGGUCUAAAGGAACUGUUUGGGAAAGGGCCCCAAAACGCUUUCUUCCUCGUAAAAUUCUGGGCUGACUUAAACUGCAACAUUCAAGAUGAUACGGGAGCGUUUUACGGAGUCACUAGUCAGUACGAGAGCUCAGAAAACAUGACAAUCACCUGCUCCACCAAAGUCUGCUCAUUUGGAAAGCAAGUAGUAGAAAAAGUAGAGACUGAAUAUGCAAGGUUUGAGAAUGGCCGAUUCGUGUACAGAAUAAAUCGCUCUCCAAUGUGUGAAUAUAUGAUCAACUUCAUACACAAGCUGAAGCAUUUACCAGAGAAAUACAUGAUGAACAGCGUGUUGGAAAAUUUUACAAUUUUAUUGGUUGUAACAAACAGGGAUACACAAGAAACCCUGCUCUGCAUGGCGUGUGUAUUCGAAGUGUCGAACAGCGAACAUGGAGCACAGCAUCACAUCUACAGGCUUGUAAAGGACUGAGCAGUUAUUUAUAUAUACACUUCAUUUCACUUCUUUAUCAAAACACAGACUGUAAACCUCAACACUAAGUGGCAGUGCCUCUGGCCCACCUUUCACCCACAUUUUUCUAAAUCCUGUUUUAGUGAAGUCAUUUUUAAUGUGUUCAUAUAUAAUUGUAGCUGUGAAAUUCUGGUACAGUUGUAAAAAUUAUUUCUAAAACUAAGUGUUCUUCAAAUUUGUAAACCACAGUUCUUUGGGAAGACUGUAUUUAAGAACCUAACGCCUCUGUCUGUGGAGGCCUAUUUUUAAUUCUGAUAGAAAAAUGUAUGACAGAGCAUUUGCCAUGGGGAAAAACUGACAGCUUUUAUAAGAAUUUAUUUUGGGUUUUUUUCCAACAUGAGAUACUUGUUUUACGAUGCAAGUGAAAUCGAAAUGAAUCUUUAGCUGUAACUGUAAAUGAGUACACAAAGUUAAUAAUCUUUAUAGAAUUAUCUUUGUAACUAAUUAGGGUGGAAGAUAUGGACGAAUGUAAUUCACUAAAUUAUUUUUUAAAAUGAAACAUUUUUCUGUUUGAAACCAAAUGAAAAAUAUAGCCUUAAGAAAUGCCUGAUAGAAACACACAGGUCCUAAAAUUAGGCAAAUUUUGUAUUUUUUUCUCAAUGCUAAAACUAAUCUUCUAAUCCAUUAAACUUCCAAACAGGUAUUGCAGAGAAAGAAAACAUCAUCCCUUAUCCCUAACAUAUCUAGUGUAUUUUAAAAGAAUAUAAAGUUGUAUUGUACUAAUAUGAAAAUUUGAUUAUUUAAUGAAAAAGAUGGCUCAUUUUGCAAUAAGUAGGUAAAUACUGAAGAUUUAGACUCGCAUUAUAUGUAGUCUUGUGUGUGCAGUUAUAUUUUAUAUGGACAACUAUGUUUUCUAAUAAGUUGAGCAAAAAACUCGCAACUCUGAAUUUAUCAGAUGAAUGGAAACAACUGACAUGUGAGUAACUCAUAAACUGAAAGUAAAACACUAAUGUGUUCGUAAGAAGAGUAUGUACGCUGCUUAAAGGAUCAACAGCUUUAAUAUCUAUGAGGCGCUAGAAAAUCACAACCAACAUCAGGCAAAGAUUGGAAACUGGAGAUGUUUUGUUUUCUCCUUCUUUAUCAUGGUGCUCUUACACCUCUCGCAGUUGUCUCUCCAGUUCUGGCUGGCAAAGACUGUAUCUGACACAAACACGUAGGUACCACGUGGGGUCUGAUGUCCUUUUGCCUCCAGAUGUGGUAGCAUUCAUCCUUCUGCUAUAUUCAGGGAAGACUCCAGAAAGUGAAGCACAGCUGGAGAUAUUUUAAUACUGUAAGGAUUCAAACCGUGGAUGUGGGUGUGAGUGAUUGUCUGAGGAACGCACAUGUGAGAGGAGCAGCCUCAUUCCUCCUGGCUACACCAGCGGGCGUUGCUCAGUUGCUUUUCACCCGCCAGCGCUGCCCCGCAGUUGCCCACGCAGCUGUUGUUUGAGCAGGUGCUGGGCCUGCAGCGGGUGCUCACACAAAGCAUUUGUCUGCAAGGCUGAGUGAGGGCUGCCCGGCCAAGCACAAGCCACCUCAAGGAUCAGUCAUGAGCUAUCGGCAAAGAGCGUUCUUGGGAAGGUCUUUUGCAGUCCUGAAUUAAAGCAGUUAACGUUUAGCAGGUCGCUCCUCCCUGCCCUUUACCGAUAUGUGCCCAUGCACCAUUGAAGUGUAGAAUUUACUCCCAAGCACAGUGCUAUAGUCUUUGAGAAAAAGUCAGUCUUAAUUUUUGCAUUUUAUGUUUCUCAUAGUACUCUCUGUUAAAAUUGCCCGGUGUUGAAUUAUCUAGCCGAGGUGGCGGGUUGCUGCGCGUCUGUGUCAGAGCAGGUUCAUGCUCAGCACUGGUGAGGACUCAGCGUAGAGGACAGACAAACAUCACCGAGGGCAAGGGCGACUGCUUAAAUUCCCUCGCCUGCCCCGCUCUGACUCGAGGAGGUGGAUGGUUGUGUGAUGUCUAGCUGUUAGCUGCUUGUGGAUAUUAGGGCUGAUGAUCUUUUGGUUUAUAUUCCAUGAACUGAACAGAGGAAUAUGUCCAUGGUAAGGUCUCUUCUAACACUCAUUUUUAACACUAACAGUCACAUCAGGAAAAGCACUGCAUUGUAACAGCCUAACGGUAGCCCUUUAUUCUAAGCACUUGGUGUUACAAGUCAGAAACUACUUUUUUGUUUUCUUUUGUUCUAAAGUUGUCUUUUACUUAGGGUUUGAAUUGUGGUUUUGGUGAUUUUUUUGUUUCUUUUUAAUAACAAGCAAACUCUUUGAGGCAUAUAAAGUAUGUAAAUCAAUUUGCAAAACCAGGUACAGUUUUUGUAAUAGAAUCUGGCACACUGCAUAUGCCAUAACUAUAGGGUAUAAAAAGUCACAAUGUUUAUUGGUGUUCACAUAUGUAAUAUUAUGGAAUCUACUUCCAUUGUCUUUUCUUUAUGCUUCUGUAAAUGAUCCAUACCCUGUACAUGUUAAUUCUUAAAAGCCUUAAUCCUUCAACUGUUCGGUGUGGGGUGUGUAGUCCAACAGGCUGCCUGUAAACUGUGAGCUCUUUUGUAAGCUGGAAGUACUUAUCUUGUUACUGUUACUUUUUUCUAGGAACCUUUUAAUUGAGAGCUGCCAAAGCAUUACAAUAUGCAGUGCCUUAGCAUUAUAUUAGAAGUACCUUUAGCCUCUUCACAUAAAUUUUAUAUAUUGUUUUAUUAAUUGGUUCCAUUUUUAAAAAUAUCUGUAUUUUUUCCCACAGAAAAGCUCUUUGACUGCUUGGUCUAAACCAACCUUCUGUACAAGUCAGUCCCGUUACUACGCAGUUUAAUGUCUAUACCAAAAGGAAAGGUUACAGAUGCUUAGUUCUCCGUGAAAAGUGAAUUGUAUGACUAAAUGCUGCCUUUUUAAAUUUCAUGACCAAAUAAUUAAUUGUGACUCUUCUGCACUCUAGCAUGAAAGUGCCUUUGGUUUGAAAUUCCAGCUUAGAAAAGUGCUGCCAUAAUAAUGACAAUUUGUAGAGAGACCAAAAAUAUUUAGUUAUCACCGUAAUGCCUUUGGUUUAUUGGAAUAAGUUGAAUCUACAGGCCUCCAUUCACAGCAGAGCACCAUUUAUAGCAAUGUAAUUUUGCUAGCAACAUGCUGUAGAAUAAUCUACUGUUUGCCAUUUCUGACAGCGUCGCAAACCAGCAUAAAAAUGAUAAUUAUUCACAUUUCUAUUCUCUUCAUCCAGUUGUGCAUUUGCAUAAUGAGAGAUCCAUAUAAUGCAGAUUUUCAGACGGUGGGCAAACGUGACUUCAUUGUUCUCCUCUAAUAGUAUUUCAGUAUCUGUGAAGAUUUUUCUGUACAAAGUUGUGCAUGCUGAAAGUCAGAUGCAUAAAACAAGAGGACAACGGAGAACAGCCAAUAGGUAGGGUAAACCAACUGUGUGUUUUUAAGCAUUGAAAUGCUGAGUGUGAGCACUGGGGAUGAAGGUGCCGUUAGCUCUGGCUGGCACGAUUCAAAACACAGGGUUGUUUUGGUUUGGGUUUUUGUCUCCCAUAUGAUUUCUUGGAUAACUCCUCUCAAAAAAUGUGUCUGUAUUUGAUACCUUCAGUGACCGGGGGCCACACUGUACACUGCAAGUAAAACUGAUGGGAAGAGGAGCAAGAUUUUAAGAAAACAACAUUAGGAAGAACAAAUAUCAGCAAAACCAAAAGCUGUCAGAGGGAUUAUUUAGUAAUGAAUACAAUUUAACCUUGAUUUUUAAAGUAUUUGAUGAAAACUAAGAUUAACUUUUUAUAUAUAGAAAUAUUGUGACACUGUGUGGUAAAUAUUGUGAUAAUUCAAAUUCCCUCUCUCUAAAAUACUAUUUUUAUUAUUCCUUCAAGGUCUAAAUCUCACUUACCUCUAUAAUCCUGUUCGACUCAAUGAGACUGAGGUAGGGCAAAGACACUUUAGCCCCACAAAUAGAGCGUAUAUUUUCAGUUACUACCAAAUCAUUACCAAACGUUUCAGCUGUACUGGUCAAUAUUUGUGAUAAACUACACUUCUGUCUCACAAAAAUACUAAAAUAAGCAUAACGGUACCAUUGGGGGCUGUUAAAAAUUACUACUAACAAAUGUAGUUUUACUUACUUGAAUUCCAGAGUUAUUUUAUGUAGGUACUGCACCACUAUUUUGAAGGAAUUGCAGAUAUAAUGCCUGUUGCUCAUUUUUCCCUUUCUGCCGCAGCUACAGCUCGUUAAGUUUGGCCGUAGCUUCUUCCGUUAAAACCUCCACGGUAUAGGCUAUUUGAAAUAAUGAAGGGUGUACAUUGAUGUUGAAUGUAAGUAACUGGCCAGUUCAAGGCAGAUACAACAUUUGACGUACUAAUCCAUAUCUAUUUAUCUUUCCACUGCAAGUCCCAGGGCACACUUGCUUUCGGAGGCAGGUCCCCUUAUAGUUUUCCUGGAUCACUCACUCACUCAUAUUGAGAAACCUUUUGUCUGCCCUUUACUUGCCCCAUACGGAUACACGUACACAUGUGUACAAUAGAGCCCAGUUUUGUAAUUCUCUCAGGAUGAUCUCUUUCCCCCCCUCUUAUCUUUCAUAAGGAGAUGUUUAGCCCCCUAAAACAAAGAUUGAGGCUGGAUAAGUCCAAGUACAAAGAUUUCCCUUUGGAGAUCUUCAUCUUUUAAAUUUUCAGGUCAUUCUUGGUAAGAACAUGUAAUUAGUUUUAGUGUGUAAAUUAAAUCUUAAAUGCACUCAGUUGACUAAAAGGAGACGGAUCCCUGUUACCUCCUUAUAGAAUACGUGGUUUUGUUUUCUUUUGUUUUAUGGGCCUCUGAUUCAGGCUCAUGACUGCAGACAAAAAAUACAAUAUGUGCCUGAAAAAAAUAAAAAAAAAACAAAAGAAUUUUAUAACAUUGAAAACCUGAAUAGCCUUUAAUUCUUCAGUACAUUUUAUGUAAAACAGGUUGGGGUUUUGUUUUGUUUUGGGGUUUUUUUGCCAUGUGCAUUUGUUCACAUUUGUAAAUGACUUAAUGGAAUUCUCACUUUAUGUUUAUUUGUGUAAUGUGUAUAAAAUGGGUUUGUGACUUAAGCAUAUUCAUAUAUGGUCAGUGGUUACUUUAAUAUUGUACUGCUGCUGGUAACUUUUGAUGUAGAACUUGCCUUUUGAUGAUAAAGUACCUCUGGGUUAGACAGGGAGGGAAGGCUCUUGGAAAAAAGUGAAUGUUCUCCAAUGUUUUCUUAACAUAUUUGCAGAAGCUUUCAAAAGGAGUUUCAGUCAAACCUCUUGGCAGUACAGUAUUCUUGUAUUUGUUAUUGUCUGUGUGUAGGUACUGGUACCUUUUUUUGUUUAAAAUGUUUUAAGUGUUGGCUUUAAAGUGAAUUUAUCUUUAGUAUGAUAGUAAUAUGAAAAUUAUAGGUUUUGUGUGCAGAGAAUUUUUUUAUAAAGUGCUUUGUAAAAAAAAAAAAUGUAUUCUAGCUUUCGCGGUACAUAUGUGUGAUAACUUUAAUAUCCAUGACAGUUAAGUGCAAUUAUUUCAUCACUCUAAAAAUGCUAUUUUUGUGUCGGUUACUGCAGGUGUUUUCAUGUCUUUGCAAAGUGACACAUUUUGAUGCCUUCUUGAUAAAGUGGUAGAAUUUUUGUAGCUUUCUAGAAACUUUGUAUUCAUACAGUAUCGAUUGAAAAUAAAGAAAAUGAAAGUGG